CAGACACAUCUCUUUUUGUUAAAGCACAAUCCUUUCUUCAUUUUCAACAUCCCAUACAUACAAUUCUUUUCAUUCUUUCUCUUCACUCUCUUCAUUCCCUCCCCCCUCUCCCCUUCCUCUCCCUCCUCCCCAUACAAUGAACUCUUUCCGUCCAGUCUCAAGGAUCGCCAUCAAUCUCACCCGUGGCUCAUUCCUUCAGUCCGCUAAGCGCACUCUCAAUACCUCACCUGCUGUCCCUGCUGCCAGUUUAUCGUCGAGGUUUGUCAAGAUUGUUGAAGUUGGUCCUCGAGAUGGUCUUCAGAAUGAAAAGUCGGUCAUUCCAGCCGAAACAAAGAUCGAAUUCAUCAACCGCCUGUCCGACACAGGUCUUUCUGUUGUUGAGACUACCAGCUUCGUCUCACCAAAAUGGGUUCCUCAAAUGGGUGAUGCCACCAAAGUAAUUACGUCCAUCAAAAAGAAAGAAAAUGUCAGUUACCCAUGUUUAACACCCAACAUCAAGGGGCUUGAUGCAGCCAUUGCAGCAGGUGUCAAAGAGGUUGCUGUCUUCUUGGCUGCCUCGGAUUCAUUCAGUAAAAAAAAUAUCAACUGCACAGUCGAGGAAAGUUUUGAACGUGUAAAGCCCCUUAUCGCCAAAGCUAAAGAGCAUGGGAUCUUGGUUCGUGGAUAUGUAUCAUGUGUGGUUGGCUGCCCUUAUGAGGGCCCUACCGACGCCAAGAGAGUUGCAGAAGUCUCCAAAAGAUUGUACGACAUGGGAUGCUAUGAGAUCUCGUUAGGAGACACCAUUGGUGUUGGUACACCCGGUAGUUUCCAUGACAUGUUGAAGAUCGUAUCUCAGGUUGUGCCCAUGAAGGCUCUGGCUGUUCAUUGUCAUGAUACCUAUGGUCAAGCUCUCGCCAACAUUCAUUGUGCUUUGGAGAUGGGCGUCCGUGUUGUUGACAGCUCUGUGGCAGGCUUGGGAGGAUGCCCAUAUGCUCCUGGAGCUUCUGGAAAUGUCGCCACUGAGGAUGUUGUAUACAUGUUGCAAGGCAUGAAGUAUGAAACCGGUGUGGAUCUUCAGAAGGCAAUCGAAAUUGGAAACUGGAUUUCAGACCGCUUGGGUAGAUCAAAUGGAUCGAAAGCUGCUCGAGCCUUGACUUUGAAGAGCCUCUCUGCUGCUGCUGCUUCUUCUAGUUCCGGCUCUGCACCCUGCCCUCCCACUCCCGAGUCUCCUGUCAAGAGCAAGCUAUAAGCCAAUUAGUUGUGGCUGGCUAAAUAAAUAAAAGAAAAUAAAAAUUAGAAAAAAAAAGCAAAAACGCUUCAAUCAUAUGUACAUAUUCUUCAUAUUUCAUAUUAUUUUCUGGCUGCAGAGCUUUUAUUUCUUUAUUUCUUUCUUUCUUUCUUUCUUUACUUAUUUAUGAUUAAUUAUUAUCGGUAG